CCUGCUCUCAUUCCAACAUCUCUGCACAUAAUGAACACAAGGACUACUACAGGAAAGAUGACCAAAGCUUUCUCUUCAGUAGAAUGGCUUGCCCAAAGCAGCCGGAGAUCUCACAAAGAGCAGCCCAGCAAAGGGGAUCAGCGAUAUUCACCGUACCCAAGCCCAUCCCUGCCUUCCUGGAACAGUGAUGUGUCCCCUUCUUCAUGGAACAGCCAGCUGUCUCCAGUUGCAGGCAGUGCCCAAGUCUCACCGUGCCCUGGGAGUGCACAAUAUUCCUCAGACAGUGAAUCAUCUCUCUAUUCCAAUGAAGAUGAAGACUUAUUCUGUGAAAAGGACCUUAAUACCCCUUCUACCCCUGGGGACAAUGGAUUGCUACACAAGGACACAGCCACACAUGAUUACUCUGGAAUGGUUUCAGUGCCAGCAAAUACUCCCAGAACCACUUCCAAUGAAGAUGCUGCUAAGUCUGGCUACAGCACUAGCACUGACUCAGGCUAUGAAAGUGAAGCAAGUCGCUCCAGCUCUACAGCCCCUGAAGGAGAUGCCACCGUAUCCCUGAGCCCCAAUGAUACUUCAGAUGAAGAGGGCAAGUUGGGCCGAAGGUUGCGAACAGCUUUCACUAGUGAUCAGAUCUCCACUCUGGAGAAGACUUUUCAGAAACACAGAUACCUUGGGGCUUCUGAGAGACGGAAACUCGCAGCCAAACUCCAGCUUUCUGAAGUCCAGAUUAAAACCUGGUUCCAGAACCGCAGGAUGAAAUACAAACGGGAAAUCCAAGAUGGCAGGCCAGACUCAUACCACCCAGCCCAGUUCUUUGGUGUGUACGGCUAUUCACAGCAGCCCACUCCUGUAUUCCAACAUGCAGUCCAACAACCCUACCCAGGUUAUAGCCCACUAAUGGAAACCCUGCCUGGCACCAUGCCCUAUGCCAUGCACCCCCCUGCCAUGGACUCUCGGAAUCAUUUCAACUCUACACCUUUUCAAAUGUUCUACAUGCCCCAACAGCACCUUGGGCAGCCUCUGGCCUACUAAGAAGAAAGACUGUUUGAUAUUAGCCUGAGGCUAUAACAAAGGCUGGAUUUUCCAUGGACUUCUGGUUUAGAAUAUUAGCACUAAAUAAUAAUGGUGGCAAGAUAUCCACAAAAUAGCCUGUUUUUAUUGGGCAGUAUUUUCUGUAUCUAUAUUAUUUUAUUCACAUUGAAUAGUACAUUUUAUAGAUGUUUAAUUAAUUGUAAAAGAUUCUACUAAAUUAAUUUAUUAAUGUCAAAUUAUGAAUAAAUGUGGUUUAUAUUUUAAUAUCAA